AGGAUGGACAGAUUACAUGGAUAGAGCUAGGCUGUUGAAUGUGGAGGACAAAAUGUAGACGAAGGGAUAUGUGAAAGUCCCCUCACAUGAAUUAGGUUCUAAAUCUAGUGUCUGAUCCACGCUCCAGAGCAGACAGUGGCGGUAAUGCAUCAAUAAGCUGAUGCCAACUACUGUAGAAGAAGAGGAAGAAGAAGAGCAGAUGACACAGAGCUGCUGUAAAGGAAAUAACUGUUGUUACGUCUGGUUUCAUCAGCCACUUUCCAAGCUUGGUUUCUUUUGAGUUACUACAUAUUAAAGUUUGCUUUGACUGAGUAAACAGGUUUAUAUGUGCAGAAAGGACUGCUAUUUCGGAGAAAAGCACUUUUUGGGGGAAUUUAUUUGUCUAUCAGAGUGAAGACACAGCUGUUGAUCAUCGACAUCAACCGGUUCAGAUCUGUCAGGUCAGAAGAUUACCUUCCAGGACAACGUUGACUUGACAAGAAGACGUUUGUAGACAUCGUUAUCAAUGGAUGGACUGGUGCCUCCACCACCACCCCGUCCAUCCUCCUCCUCUUCUCUUGGUAUCUAUUAUCCUCCUCCUCCCCGUCCUGCUCCGGCAGCAAGUGUCUUCAAUCAGGGGAACAGUUCUGGACUCUCGCUGCCCAGCCAACAGCACUCUGGCUCAGGUGGUGAUAAUGGUGAUGAUCAUUCUCCAGAUUCAGGUGGGACCGUACCAAUGGGAACAGCGGAUGAUUGCCAAGUCCCCAUGCAGGAGACGAAUCCCACAUCUAUAUACACACCAACCUCAGACGCACCAGAGAUCCACGAAUCUGAGCAGGCAAGUCUGGAGAAUGCCGAAAAGCUGAAUGAGCCAGUGCAGGAGAGCACAGAUGGAGAAAGGGUGGAGCAAGGUGAUACGGCCAGCAUGGGAGAGAAAGGAACGCCUGACAAUACCUCCAAGUGACACAGUAGGGAGCUGCUGCUGAACUUCGUGCUUAGUUAAGCCUCCUGUAAGGAUGAGUGAAACACCAGGAACCUCUUCCCCUGCAAGCUCCACCUCUUUAUUCCUCUUGCACAAGCACUAUGUGUCCUGUAACUGAUGAUGCCUUUAGUAUUAACAGAGCAAUAGCACCUAAGCAUAACUGUCAUCACUUGUUUAUUGCAAUGUAUUAUGGGGAAUAGCCGGGGUCAGUAGUUGUGCAAUAUAGUGAAUAUUACACUAGAGUGAAUGUUUAGUUGCAGUUAUUGUUGCACAAGGGGGUCACAUCAGAUACUGAAAGCAAAGAUUCACAUACUUUUGCCACUCACAGAUAUGUAAUAUUAGAUCAUUUUCCUCAAUAAAUAAAUGACCAAGUAUAA